GGGAACAGAGCUGCAUCAAAACCUCUACUUGUUGCUUCUUGAUGGGGACUAAUUAGCCUGUAGCUAAUGUUAGCUACCAAACAGCAACAGGAAGUAACGGACUAGCUAAAUUCCAAUGUCUUGCACUUUGAGUUCUCCAGGCAUGAACUGUACCUUAGAGAGGGUCCUGGCAGAUGCCAAAUCAUUAGUGGAAAGGCUUCGUAACCAUGACAACGCUGCUGAGAUGUUAAUCGAACAGACAACAUCGCUCAACAAGCGAGUGGAGGCCAUGAAACAGUACCAGGAGGAGAUUGACUCAUUGAACCAGGUUGCACGACAUCGUCCCCGUUCUAGUUUGGUCCUGGGAAUCCAACAGGAGAAUCGUCAGAUCAGAGAGCUCCAGCAGGAGAACAAAGAGCUACGGACGUCGUUGGAGGAACACCAGUCUGCAUUAGAGCUCAUCAUGACCAAAUACAGGGAGCAGGUAUUCAGGCUCCUCAUGGCCAGCAAGAAGGACGACCCAACCAUCGUGACCCAGCUGAAGGAGCAGCACACCACGGAAAUGCAAGCACACAUAGACAAGAUCAAUGAGAUGGCUUCUGUGAUGAGGAAGGCGAUAGAGGUGGACGAGGGGCGGACGUGUGAAGACGAGGAGAGGAUUAAACAGCUAGAGCUGGAGAACAGUGGACUCCGAGAGCUGCUGGGGAUCAGUCGCGAGGCUUUCCUGAUUCUGAAGAGAGAAGACACAUCAGAGAGCACGUCACUGUCGCCGUUGCUGACCAGCGCUGACAUCAGCUUACGAAAGAGUUAGAGAGCCCAUGGAGACUGCCCUAUCCCCCCUCCCCCUACCGUUGCCACUACUGUGUACAGUGUGUACAGUCUUUUGCCACAUACCACUUCACCUGUCACCCUACAUAUUCUUCCAACGAUCCUCUCCCUUCUCCUGGAGCAAUUCCAGCACAAUGCUCCAGAGCUGCAUCCCCGUCUGGUGAUUCAGACACAUGCAAUGUGCACACAUCUUUCUCAUUUGUUUGUUGGUAAUUCUGUUAUGUAAUUCUGUGAUUUUGCCAGCAUGCAUGAGUCUGUGGUGCCUGCAAGGUUUUAAUGUGUGAAUGAGUAAAAGAAGGGCUUGAGUUAAAAUAAAUCUGUAAACAUGAAA